CUUUCGCACAUGCGUGGUACCGAUCGUGUUUCCGGUACGGAUUGGGUAGUGGUACCCUAAUGUGUGUUUGGAAAAGUUUGUAAUAUAACGAAGCUGCUGAACGUUUGCGCUCAAAUGUGAUUUUGAGGAAACGGAUUUAAUCCGUGGGCUCACACCGUUUUGACCUCCACUUUUCCCAGGAGAUGGUUUGUUUUUGUAGUGUUUUACAGUUUUAGGGGACCAGGGUCUGCCGCCGUUCUUUGGCUAACGUUAGCUCGUAUCAGCGCUGUCACAUGCGUUCAGCUUUCGCAUGAGAGUUUAACCGACUUCGGUUUAUAGGUCAGUACCGCAGAGUGUAGGCCGGUUCAGUUUUGACCGUUAUCGCCGCACUCUAGCCAAACAGGAGAGUCUUUGAAUAUGGUGUUUUUCACCUGCAACGCUUGUGGGGAGUCCCUAAAAAAAGCUCAGGUUGAUAAACAUGUAAAUAUCUGCCGGGGCUGCCAGGUCCUGUCCUGCAUCGACUGUGGAAAAGACUUCUGGGGCGAUGACUACAAAACCCACAUUAAAUGCAUCAGUGAAGAUCAGAAGUAUGGAGGCAAAGGCUACGAGGCGAAAACAAACAAAGGAGAUGUGAAACAGCAGCAGUGGCUCCAGAAAGUCCACGAAGCCAUGAACAAACCUGGAGUCAGUGCAAAGCUAAGAGAUGUCCUCCAGCAAGUCAGUACUUACGAUAACGUACCUAGAAAGAAGGCCAAGUUUCAGAACUGGAUGAAAAAUAGUCUCAAAAUACCAAACCCCAGUCUGCAGGAGGAAGUGUGGAAUAUACUUGCUGCAGCUGAUAACGCUUCAGAGCCCCCACAGCCAGCUCGGCAGACAGCGGCUGAAGUCAAAGUGCACACUAAUGGAAGAGAAGAGCCGAAUGGCCACCCAAGUGUUGAGGAAGAGAAGAAGAAGAAAAAACUGAACAAACGGGAACGCAAAGAGGCCCGACAGCAGAAGAAUGGGAAAGCUACAAAAGGUGCUGAAAAUACAGUCGCACAAGAGCUGGAGGAAGAAAUGGUGGGCAAAAAGAAAAAGGACAGAAAGAGAAAACAGCUCUCUGAAGAACCCAGGGAUGAUGAGAACAGCCAUGGCACUGAAAAUGAGACAUCGAGCAAGAAAACAAAGGUUGAUGAAGAAACGGAGGAUGCUGAUGAUCAAGAAGAGACUGAGGAUCGAGCUGUUACUAAAGGCAAAUUUAAUUGGAAGGGGAACAUCAAGGCAGUACUGAGAGAGUCACCUGACCAGGAAAUGUCAGUGAAGAAACUCAGAAAGAAGGUUUUGGCUGCCUACUAUUCCUACACUGGUGAUAGGAAUUUUAAGAAGGAGGAAGAAGUGCUAGCACUUUUCAACAACAAGAUCACCAAAAAUCCAAAGCUUAGAGUUUUGAAAGAUAGAGUUAGACUUGUAAAGUAGACUCCUUCAUCUUCUCCUUUUGACAUAUUGCAUAGAUUUUUAAAAUUUCAAAGCCAUCAUUAUCUUAUUGUUGUCUGUCAUCUUACAUUGGACUUCCUUUUUUUUUUUUAAAUACAGUUGACAUGAUGUUGAAGAUAAAACAUUUUUACCACUGA